CUCUCCCGCAGCUCCGACCCCUCCCUUAUCCCCUCUCAGCGAAGCCCCUCCUCCUAGAUCCCACCGCACCUGAACCCCUCCUUUCAUCCUCGUCCAUGAAGCAGGCAGCGAUCUCCCACAAGCUCAAACCCGAGUUGGUCGAGCCACCUCCCGACAGCGAUCUGCAGCAGGACCGUGCCACAAGCAGAAACUCCACCAUAACAAUGGCGUCGCCCCAUGUAUCUCAGAACUGCCGCCGUCACGCCAUCAUCAUUUGCCAGAAACUUCACCGACGCCCGUCGUCACGACCCUGCAUGCAGGUCAAUAGGAGCAUCUCCCCGCACUGGCCUCGACCGCCUCUCAUCGUCUCUGCACUCUUUGCUGCUACAUCAGAGGGAUCCAGUGGUGGAUUGCAGGAGGAAGGUGGGGGACGUGGUGGAGUAGCUGGGCCAGCGGUGGUCCUCCGGGCCGAUGGUGGGGUAGACGACGCGGCGCGCUGGUCCAAACCAUCUGAGAGGGAGCGCGGGGAUCGGUUCAUUGUCCAUCGCGAGCGGACCUGGUAUUCCGCUGGUUUGUACGUUGACCCGGUGCCCAGUGCUGCGCUGCCACCGACACCGCCCUGCUUCCUCCGGACAGAGGAGUGGCCGGACUAGGGGAGAUGGAGGCGCGGUGCACGCGGUUACCUAGGAUCUCCGGCCUUGGCGAGGAGAGAUGGAGGCGCCCUGGCAGGAUUAGCAGUGGCGUCUCCCUCUCCAGUGGGCGCCAGCGCACCAUAUCUUGCCUUCCUCCCGAACGAAGGCCGACGUCGGCUGCGCGUUUGCCUUUGUUGGGGGAAGGGAGAGGAUAAGGGAGUGCGGGCGACGGGAGGAAGACGCCGGUUUUUCCUUACAUUGUGUGACAUACUGCGGGUUGAUUUCUAGUAACCGCGAGGGCUGUUCUGCAAAAAUGAAACGUUUUUAUGUAUGACUUAAACAUGGAGCGCGGGUUGAUUCUAGAAAACAGUAGGGUCUUUUUUGUAAAACUG